AGGAGUCCACGCACUAAUGCACACAUCAUUUCCUGCUACACCGUUCAAAACCAGUCAAUGUAGAAGGACAAGGCCUGUCCAACUCCCCCUUAUUUUAUUCCAACAUCACUAGCUUGCUUAUGCUUUGCCCUUACCUCUACCUUCAUAUCAUUGCUGCCCUUCUCGCUACUUCUUCCUUCCCUCCUUUCCUGCUCCUACCUGCACACAUACUAUUCUCGCGAUCGGAUCCAGCUAUGGCGGGAUAGAGAGAGAUCCAUGGUAGAACAGUACAAGAUGGUAGCUAGAGAAGAGCAAGUGAUGAAAGAGAUCAAGGAUAAGGGAGUACUAGUAGAGAUCCUUGAGGAUGAUGAGGAGAGAUCGAUCGAUAACAAGCUGCUAGAUCUCAAUGAGGGUCUCGAUGUAGAGAGCGAGGAAGGGGAAGUAGGCGAUGAUGAGGAAGAUGAAGGUGAAGAAGGCGACGAAGGCGGUAGCACCAUCGAUGUUGGUGGGAGUGGGAGCUCAAGCAACAAUAGCAGCACCAACAACAAUUCAGAGAGCAAGAAGGGAGACACCAAGGGAGGCAGCAAGUCAGAGGGGAGCGGUGAGCAGAGGGUUCCAACGGUGCGGCAGUACAACCGGUCGAAGCUGCCCCGUCUCCGGUGGACGCCUGAUCUUCACAUGGCCUUCGUCCAUGCCGUCGAGAGGCUUGGUGGGCAAGAGAGAGCAACCCCUAAGCUGGUACUUCAGAUGAUGAAUGUUAGGGGACUCAGCAUUGCUCAUGUAAAAAGCCACCUGCAGAUGUACAGAAGCAAGAAGCUAGACCAAGAUGGUCGCCCGAGGGGAGCUAUUUCCUCAGUGUAUUCCCCAGUGGAUUUCCAUUUCAUGAGAGGCGAUCGGCGCUUCCAAGAAAUGUCAUUCUUCCAAAGAGCGGCCGUGCUCUCCUCUUCCAAGCUGGAGCACGGCAGCUUCUUCGCGUCGAGGAACUGCAGCGCCCCGGAGCUCAGCCGGCUCUAUGGACUUCUCCAGCAUCGGCCUACUCCGCAAACAUUCGAUUUCAGAAACUCCAGGAAUCAUGAAUGGGCGUCGAGCCAUAGAGAAGCCAUGAUCUCCAGGAAGGACGUCACACCGCCGUCGACUGCACCGCAUCAGACGCACCCACUUGCAGGUUCCGCGUUGCUGAGGAGCGAGAGGCGGUGGUGGCCUUUCACUGACGCCGGCGCUGCUGCCGCCACCGGUGAGCGGAGGGCAGAGACAGGAAGGGAGGCAGACUUCGCCAAUUCCAUCGGAAGCAGCUCUCGGCCUCACCUGUGCGCCACGGCCGUGUCCGGCGAUCCCCGUCUUCCGUUCAGAUGGCGACCAGCAGGGGGAAGCGGCAGAGACGUCGUCGGCUACCCCGGCAACAACGCCAAGAUCACAACGAGAUCGUCGGAUCCUGUCGUGAUCGACGAAGCCCUAGAUCCCCAGCAGCUCGAGCGGCAGAGGGACUCUGCCAUGCCAGCCUACAACGACGAGGCGUGCCGCAAGCGGUCGUUGCCGGCGGAGACCCAAGACGAGACUUCGGACCUUCAGCUCAGCUUGUCCCCCACCACGGUGAUGGAGGCCAAGAAGAGAAAGACCACUGCACUAAGCGGUGAGCAGGAGAUCAUGGACACCAGAGAGCUCUCCAUCUCACUCUCACUGUCGCCACCCGCUGCAGCUUCCAUGCAGAAGCGGCAGCAAGAAAAGACAAGGCGAAGCAACGACAGCAGAAGCAGCGGGGAAGCCGUUCUUGGGCAGAGUACUUUGGAUCUGACCAUGUCGAUCAGGGCAUUGGAGUGAGAUCUUUCAAGUACUUUGUCCCAAGGCCUUCCAAAAAACGCACACUGGACCAUGCAAUAAACAUAUCGUUAAUUUAACCUUAUUGUCUCCAGUACAUAGGUAUAUCAUAUGUGCAUGUCAUGCUUGGUUGUUGUUUCUAGGAAGACUACUGCCUCUCUAUAUUUGGCCCUUUGUGACUAUGCAAGUAUGCAUGGCCACAUGAUCGAUCGCUAGCUUUGUUCUUUUGUGGCAGUGGCAGCAUCUUUGGGAAACAAAACCCCAGCAAGGACUACAGCAGUUUUAAUCGGUAGUACAAGUUGUUAUUAUGCA